GCUCAGCUGUCCGGUGCCUGGCCCGUGGCCUCUAACAGACCCCGCAGCUGGGCCUUCGGUUGGCACUGGGUGGGGUGACGCCACUGCCAUGGCCUUCACCAUGUUGAGACCCAUGGCCGCCCACGUGCUCUACCCAGACCUCAACCUGCUGUCGGAGGAGGACGAGGAGAACCGGAGCGAGAGCGACGCCUCCGACCAGUCGUACGGCUGCUGCGACGGCCGGCUCACGGUGUCCCGCAAGGCCGGGCAGGUGGUGGUGGUCAAGCAGCGGCAGGCGGCCAACGCCCGAGAGAGGGACCGGACCCAGAGCGUCAACACGGCCUUCACGGCCCUGCGCACCCUCAUCCCCACGGAGCCCGUGGACCGGAAGCUCUCCAAGAUCGAGACCCUGCGCUUGGCCUCCAGCUACAUCUCCCACCUGGCCAACGUGCUGCUCCUGGGCGAGGGCUGCGAAGACGGGCAGCCCUGCUUCAGCGCCAUCUACGGUGCCAAGGGCGAGGUGGAGGCCAAGCAGCCCAGGAGCAUCUGCACCUUUUGCCUCAGCAACCAGAGGAAGGGGGGCAGCCGGCGGGAGCUUGGCGGGGGAAACUGCUUGAAGGCGCGAGGGGUGAACCACCACCUCAAGGUGCUCCGGAGGUGAGCUGAGACCUGGGAGGACCAUCUGCUGGAGAAGCC